CUUUUAUUCAUUUCUCUUUCCCUCCUUGAAGCUGUGCAAGAAGGAACAUAUAGGCCCGGGAGAUGCACUCACCCGUUCCAAAGGAUAGAUGUCGCACCAGAGCCCCCUCUCUUUCUCAGAAUGAGUUAUCUGAAUUUCAAGUUACAAGACAAACAACUGUGCAAGCUUGAGGAGGAGACUGCCAGCUCUGUUUUGGAGUAAACUGAGAGCAGUGGGAAGAAAGAGAAAAAGAGAGGACACACACAAAAAAACCCCAUCUCUCCUCAGAGCCCAGAUGAAAAAUAAGGCAACUGCUGGUUUUUGAAGAACAAACUUUGAGCCAUGUGUGUCUUCUGAUUCAGCAAAGACUCUGUGUGUGGGGAAACAGCUGCUGAAGCGCUGAAGUUGUCCUUCCCACUCUAGAAUACAGGAGUGACAGAACGGGAGGUUUGGGCAGAAAGCAUCAGCUUCAAGGACUACAAGCAGCAGUUGCUGCUGCUGCUGCUGCUGCUGCUGCUGCUGCUGCUGCUGCUGCUGAUUCAGUCCGCUGAACCAACACUGCUGACUGCAAGAGGAGCCAGUAUUUCCCUUCCAAAGAGAGAAAAAGAUCUAAGCAAUGAUGAAGACUAUGUCCAGUGGGAACUGCACCUUGAAUGUGCCAGCCAAAAACUCCUACCGCAUGGUUGUCCUUGGAGCCUCCAGGGUGGGCAAGAGCUCCAUCGUCUCGCGGUUUCUUAAUGGCCGCUUUGAGGAUCAGUACACACCCACCAUUGAGGAUUUCCAUCGCAAAGUCUACAACAUCCGGGGUGAUAUGUAUCAGCUAGACAUCUUGGACACAUCUGGGAACCAUCCGUUCCCUGCCAUGAGGAGACUUUCCAUACUCACAGGAGACGUUUUCAUCUUAGUGUUCAGUUUGGAUAGCAGAGAGUCCUUUGAUGAGGUCAAGAGGCUCCAGCAGCAGAUCCUUGAAGUCAAAUCCUGCCUGAAGAAUAAGACCAAGGAAACAGGUGACCUACCCAUGGUGAUCUGUGGCAACAAAAACGAUCAUGGUGAACUCUACCGCAAAGUUCGCUCUGAGGAAGCAGAGAAGCUGGUCUCUAGCGAUGAGAACUGUGCUUACUUUGAAGUCUCGGCCAAGAAGAAUACCAACGUCAACGAGAUGUUCUACGUUCUUUUCAGCAUGGCCAAGCUGCCCCACGAGAUGAGUCCCGCCCUUCACAGGAAGAUCUCUGUCCAGUAUGGGGACACCUUCCACCAAAAAUCCUUCAGGAUGCACAGGGUCAAAGAGACAGGUGCCUAUGGCAUGAUCUCCCCCUUUGCUCGCCGACCCAGUGUCAACAGCGACCUGAAAUACAUCAAAUCCAAAGUCCUCAGAGAAGGGCAACCGAGAGAAAGAGAGAAAUGUACUAUCCAGUGAGGAAAGCUCUGCCGAGAUGGAGUCUAAAUGUGCAGUGCCUUAAAGAAAAUGGCUGACGGGAGCAAGUUCCUAAUGGACUUGGGAGCUACAGGUGAUUACGGCAGCUCGCACUCAUGAGAGCAGUGCUCGAAACCACUUUGUCAAAAGUACCGCACCAUUUGUGUAAAGAAGUAACUUAAAGGGAAAUAUUGUAAAUACUUGAAGCUGCCUGGCAGGUGACUGCCGUGCCCCGCACCUGUGACUUGUUCCUUCUUCUUUUUAAAAACUACUUUUCUAUUUGGUGUUCUCUUCUUUGGAUAAACGGGGUGUGUGAAGAAGGCUGGAGCUCAGCGUUAUACGAGGUCUGGCCUGCCCCACGUAGGAGUGCUGAGUUCUCAUCAAGCAGUAGGCAGCCUUUGCUGAGGGGAUGAACGUGUGCCAUCUUUUUCCUCCAGGCUUCUUCAGAAAUGAGACCCACGAUUCAAUGCCUGUCUUGGUUCUGUGGUGACUACCAAGACAACUGUAUAUAUAUAAAAGGCAGGCAUGGAUCUCUGGAUUUGUCAGGUCAGAAGAAUGUUUGAACAUUUGGAAGUUGUGGGGAGAAAUGCACUUUUUUGUGGCAGUGGCAAUUCUUCAUAGUGUCAAUGCAAAUGUCGCUUUUGUAUUAGAGCUUUAACUUUGUUUUUGUUUCUCAAGCAACAGCCAGAUGGCAGCUUGUCUGUUUUAACUGAAAUGUGAGCUAAUCAGCAAGUAUGAUCUGGAAAUGUCAACUGUUUUCCAGUUACAUAAUGUGUACAGUAACUAAAAUUGUUGUACUGUAAAAAAAAACACCCAGCACAUCUGACAGCUUCAUGUGAUUUGGCUUCAUUUAAUUUUCUGUUCUUCGAAAGAACCAUUUAUAUAUUUAUAUAUACUUGGGACACUUUACUAUUUCCUAUUUACAAAUCCCACCUGCCUCCCAUUCCAAUGAUCUUAUAAUGUUUCUGUUCUAUACUCCACUGUAUACAACCACCGUGGGUGUGAUCUAUCCAGUGGCCAACGCCAGCUUUUUUUUUUACACUAACAAGGUUGAUGCAUGCCUACUCAGAAGUAAGCACCAUUGAGUUCAAUCUGACUUCCAGGUAGCAAUGGAUGAGCCUGACCAUUUCAGUUUCUCUCUGCUUCUCAUUUUUCGAAUCUUAAGUUCAGUUCUCCGCAUUUUCUCAUCAGUUUGCAAACAUUUUUUUAAAAAAAUAGGCCUCAUGAAAAUUCACCCUCAUUUUACUGUGUAUUUUGCCUAAAUUAUAGUUUUAUGCCCACUACAUACAUUUUUGCAGGCACUUCCCCAAAUUUAACAUGUAUUUGUCAGUUAUUUUCACAAACGUACAGUGGUAACUCGGUUUAUGAACAUAAUUGGUUCCGGAAGUCUGUUCAUAAACUGAAGCGUUCAUAAACUGAAGCGAACUUUCCCAUUGAAAGUAAUGGAAAGUGGAUUAAUCUGUUCCAGACGGGUCCGCGGAGUACUCAACCUGAAGCGUACUUAACCCGAAGCAUGGGUGUAAUUGGUUCCGGAAGUCUGUUCAUAAACUGAAGCGUUCAUAAACUGAAGCGAACUUUCCCAUUGAAAGUAAUGGAAAGUGAAUUAAUCCGUUCCAGAUGGGUCCGCGGUGUUCGUAAACCGAAUAUUCGUAAACUGAGGUGUUCAUAAACCGAGGUUCCACUGUAUGUGAUUUUGCUCAUGUUGUCCCCUAAUAUAUACAUUUUCAUUUUAUCUGGCUAAAGAACUACAGCAUAAAAUUUGGAGAAGUGCAAAUCAGAGAAGUAAAAUUAUUAUUACUUCCAGGGUCAGCAUGAUUAGGACUGACCUGCAACUGGCCCCAGUGUUCCUAGUGUUCAAAUGUCUGGAAAAUGUUAGCAUAACAGGAUCUCGUUCACUUAAUCACAAAAAUAUAUAAGGUGCAAAAUUUAGUUUAGGAUGUGACUGUCUUCUAAAUCACAUUCGUUGAAGGGGGGGUCACCAGAGUACUGAAUGAGUGUGUGCAAAUGGGGUUGUUUUUUUAAGAUGGCAAAACAUCUCUCUCUUUUUAAAAAAGAAAAAAGAAAAAAACAGUAUAAAACCCACGGUUUUGCUUCUGUCAUUCUGUUCAUCGCAAGAUUCCUGUGGAGAAAAAUAAUCAUGUCCAAAUGAGACCUGUCUGUCACUCAAGCCCUGUUUUAAAAUCUAGCUCCCAAGUGGCUCUUUAGGCCUGGGGUAUCUUUGUAAAGAGGAGGGAAAUUUCACUCAGAACCACUGCAUGAUGACAUGACACAAACAUACCCUUUUAACAGUGGCUCCUUUCCCUGCUUAGACCCAUGACAGCUCUCUGCUCAUAAUGGGCAUGUUUAUCUGAGCAGAACGUGGGGUUUUGCAUACCUCGGACGUACUGCAGAAGUUGGCUACCCAUUCACCAUGAACAAGGAGCUGCCACAGGUUUAAAAAUGGGACACCAGGCCCAUCUCUUCUUAAUUCUCUUUCUUGCCUCCACAUGGAGGUCCUCUGCCCAUAGCUCUCUUCUUUCUUCCCCUUUGCUCAUUCAGUGUGCUGAUGCAACUGUGUGCACUAAAAGCAGACAUUUUAAGAAGAAGAAAAUACCUCAGACAUGGGUAUGCAUUGUGUUGUGUGAGUGAGUGUAUGUGAUUGAAUGCAACGAGGGGGAACUUAAGUCUUAGUAGUGUUGACACUGUAGACAACGUGGAUUGAUACGUUGUACCAGCCCUUGAAUAUUUGACACCUCCUGUGUUUUACUAUACCUCAUAUUCUGUAUAUAUGUAAAUAGUGCGGCGUGUACUCUGUUUAACGUUGCAAGUUCUGCUGAUGCUGAAUGAAUAUUCCCUCUGCCGUCUGACUGGUAACAGAGGCCCCUAACAGACAAAUAUCCCCCAUCUUAUGCAUUGCAGGGGUUUGAACUAGGUGACUUUCAGGGUCCCAACAAACUCUACAGUUCUGUGAUUCCAUGAUUCUGAACCCUCCAUCCCUCGCAAAUGUAAAAUACAGUAUUGCUUGGUUUCUAUUGCCAUGGCAACCUUCUCUAUUAUUUUCAGGUGUCUCAAAACUUGCGUUAAUAUAGACAUAUAUUCCUUUCCAAAUAAACCUGAUUUAUUUAUUAGCUGUGUCUCAG